AUGCAACAGGAUGGCGGUGGUUCCCCGCAAUUUAAGUGCUUGAGGGCCUCAGCGAACAAACAAUUACCGACGCGAACGGGGUCAGAUGUGCAUAAGCCGCAGGCUGGUACGAUCUCUCGUUACAUGUACAUCGAGGACAAUCAAUUAGUGCAGUUCUUGUGGAAAUUCUUGAUUAUAUGUCGGACGUUGUUGUCCCGAACGGUUCAUUAA